CACUAUCAAUUUCAAUGGCGCUUCAAUCCUAUCGUUUCCAUUUUGCCGCCAUCCGCUUUUCUCCGCCUAACGUUCCGCCAAACAAAUUAUACGCCACCCAAUCGCCACCUGCAGCAAGAAGAAGGGCUUUCUCACUCUUUACAAUUACCACGUUUUUGUCCUUCUCCACUUCAAAUAUGGCUAGUUGGUCCAAACCCGAGAUUUCGGACUUCUUUGAGCUUCCAAACUCCGGCGGCGUCAAGGCCCUAGACCUCCGGAUGGGUGACGACGCCGGCGAAACUCCAUCCUCCGGCGAUACGGUCGUGAUUCAUUACUAUGGAAGACUGGCGGCGAAGCAGGGAUGGCGAUUCGAUUCCACUUACGAUCAUAAAGAUGAGAAUGGAGAUCCCCUUCCUUUUCAAUUUGUUCUUGCUUCUGGAAAGGUCAUAUCUGGUAUUGAAUCAGCUGUGAGAUCAAUGAAAGUAGGUGGCAUUCGCCGCGUCGUUAUCCCUCCAUCACAAGGAUAUCAGAAUACAUCUCAAGAACCCAUCCCACCUAAUUUUUUCGAUAGACAGAGAUUAUUCACUACUAUAUUCAAUCCAACUCGUCUAGCCAAUGGUGAAGGCUCGACCUUGGGGACACUCAUAUUUGAUAUCGAGCUGGUAACUACUAAGGUGUUUAGCUUUGGACGUCGGAAAUGAUUGUUGAACAAACACUUACCAUCAGUGCAGACAUUGGCAGGAGAAGAACCAGCAUUUCUUUAUUACUCUCUCCCUAAGAGAAAAACCAGAAAACAACCCUGCAACGAAGAUCAUCCGCUGAUUGUGUUCAGAAUGGGGGAGUGGCAGAUGCAACCGUGCAAUUCUGAUCCACGCGAUAGUGGCUCAUGGAACACCGCCCGGAGUAGUGGCUAAGUACACUUAGUGGGAACUUCAACUCCAUUGCAUAUCAGUGGCUCCAAAAGCUUUCUUCAUCCAACAACAAGUUAACCUACAACUAUGAUGAUCACACCUUCAACUACCUCAUUCACAAUGGAUUUAGUAAGAUCCUCUUUGUACCACAUGAAAUGCUUGUGACUUUUACUUAAAUGUUUUUGGCUUGAUCAGCAGAACUUGGAAAGUACUGGAAACAGAACAUAUUUGGAUUAAAAUGGUUCGGUUGUUUUUUU